AACAUGACACACCAAACCAGUUUAAUUUAGGGUGGCCACUAAUAUCUUGUUGAGGUUGAGGCCAUUUCAAAAGUAUAUAAAUCGAAAAUAAAUCCCAAUUCAUCACACAUUCUUCCAACGUUUUUCAAUAAACGCAAGCAAACAAAAAUGAACGCCUUCAUCGCCGUGUUCGUCGCCUUCGCCGUUGCCACAGCCAACGCCGGAUUCCUCGGGGCCCCCUUGGCCGCCGCCCCCGUGGCCGUAGCCCACGCCGCCCCCUUGGCCACUAGCGUCGUCUCCACCCGCACCAUCCACCCCGCCCCCAUCGCCGUGGCUCAUGCUGCCCCCGUCGCUGUGGCUCACGCUCCUGUUGCCGUAGCUCACGCGGCCCCCGUGGCUGUCGCCCACGCCGCCCCCGUCGCCGUGGCCCACGCCGCCCCCGUUGUCGCUGCCCCAGCUUUCGCCAGCCGCGCUUUCAUCGGAGCCCCAGCUUACGGUGGCUUGUACGCUGGACGUUCCCUCUACGGAUACGGCGGAUACGGUGCCCCAGCUUUCGCUGCCCGCUCCUUCUACGGCCAUGGUUUGGUCGGAGGCGCUCAUCAUUUCUACUAAAUUGCUGAAUUAAAUGUGAUUGUGUGUAGAAAUAAAACGUAAUUUAUUCAAA